GUGGCAACGGGCGGGCGGGCGCUGAGGCUCCCCCGGUCAGGCAGCGGCCGCCCCGCCGCGGCAGCGCUGAACGGCGGAGCGGGGCCCGGCGGGGGAUGGAGGCCGCGUCCCCCCGCUACCAUGCUGCUGGGCAGGAAGCCGGAGGCGGCCCUGGGUGCAGGCAGGUUUGGAGAUGGAUUGUAUGACUCCUAUAUGAGGAUAGAUCAGAUUCGGUACCAAGAGUCUACAAAUGAAGAACACAGCCCCUCAGGACUUCCUUCCCUUGGGAGAUCUAAUGUUACUAGCAACAAGCUCACGAUGAAGGAUCACUCUCUGGCUGGGAGUCAGGUGAAAGUGGAGCAAUUAUUUGAGGACUCUGGCAACAGGAGGAGUAGCACUCUCCAGUCUACAGGAGUUGCUGGCUCAGAAAGAGGUCUUCCUUCACUGACAAAAGAUAAAAGUAUAGAGAGCCUAAGCACUUCCAAGAGUGGUGGCAGUUCCUCAAAAGCACAGAAAGCCAUUUCCCAAGCUCCAGAGCAAGCUGUCAAACAGUACAAGCAUCAGCUGUCUGCUUAUGAGCAGCAAGAGAUAUUUAAUUUUUCUGAAAUCUACUUUGUGGGUCCAGCUGCAAAAAAGAGACAAGGAGUCAUCGGCGGUCCCAACAACGGGGGUUAUGAUGAUGACCAAGGCAGCUACAUCCACGUGCCCCACGACCACCUUGCUUACCGCUAUGAGGUGCUCAAAAUCAUUGGCAAGGGCAGUUUUGGACAAGUUGCCAAAGUCUAUGACCACAAACUCCACCAACACUUGGCCUUAAAGAUGGUUCGCAACGAGAAGAGGUUCCACCGCCAAGCAGCAGAGGAGAUCCGGAUCCUGGAACAUCUGAAGAAGCAGGAUAAAACAGGCAGUAUGAAUGUUAUCCACAUGCUGGAAAGCUUCACCUUUCGGAACCACAUCUGCAUGACUUUUGAACUCUUGAGUAUGAACCUGUACGAGCUGAUUAAAAGAAACAAGUUUCAGGGCUUCAGCGUCCAGCUGGUCCGCAAGUUCGCUCACUCGAUCCUGCAGUGUCUGGAUGCCCUUUAUAGAAACAAAAUCAUACACUGUGACUUGAAGCCUGAAAAUAUCCUCCUGAAACAGCAAGGGAGGAGUGGCAUCAAGGUCAUAGAUUUUGGGUCCAGCUGUUUUGAGCACCAAAGAGUCUACACAUACAUUCAGUCUCGAUUCUACCGGGCUCCAGAGGUGAUCCUGGGAAGUCGCUACGGGAUGCCCAUAGACAUGUGGAGCUUUGGCUGUAUUCUGGUGGAGCUCUUGACUGGAUACCCUCUUUUUCCUGGCGAGGACGAGGGAGACCAACUGGCUUGCAUGAUGGAACUUCUUGGAAUGCCACCUCAGAAGCUUUUGGAUCAAUCCAAACGAGCCAAGAACUUCAUCAACUCCAAGGGUCACCCUCGCUACUGCUCGGUCACCACCCAUGCGGAUGGCCGGGUGACCCUGAGUGGGAGCCGCUCCCGACGGGGUAAAAUCCGAGGUGCUCCAGGGAACAAAGACUGGGUGACAGCCCUGAAGGGCUGUGAUGACCCCUUGUUCAUCGAGUUCUUAAAGGAAUGUCUCAGCUGGGAUCCUUCUGCACGCAUGACCCCGAGUCAAGCUUUGAGGCACCCUUGGAUUUGCAAACGAACGCCCAAACAACCCCCCAGCUCUGAUAAAUCCUCCAAUAAAAGGAUUUCUUGCUACACGAGCUCCUUCACGGGCAUGGGUUCCAAGCUGCCUCCUGUGGUUGGGGUGGCAAACAAGCUGAGGGCAAAUUUAACCUCUGACUCCCAUGGCAGUAUCCCACUCUGCACUGUGCUGCCCAAGCUGGUCAGCUCGUAGCCAACUGCCUCCUUCCAGAACACAGACCUUGUCUUUUAAUUGUUUGUUAAUAAUGUGUAAGGGACUUGACUGCAGAGGUUUUUAAUGGGUUGACUUUUUAUUAGAGCCUAAAAAAAGUUCACUCCACAUGUACACAUCUUAAGGGCUAACUUUCAUCCAGUUGUGUCCUUCACAAUGUGGUGAAUGUUAUUACAUUCUGGGGUAGGUUAGCUCAGCCCGUGAGGAAAAUGCCAGUUUGGCAGAUGUGCUGUUUAAUAAUGUUGUUUUAGAAAUCCAACUGUUUCUUAUCAGGACAGUUCAACAGAUUCUUUUGCUUAAGACAGCAAAGGAAAUUGGUUUAAAAUAUGUAUUUUCAGUUAAUCUCCAACUGAACUCUUUUUAUUCCGGGGAGAGUUUUUACAUCUUUUGUCAAAAGCACAAAAGUGUUAAUGUGAUUCAUUAGGAACUCACAAACUCCUAGCUCAUGUUUGAAGAAUCUGAUUUCUCUGCACUGCUUUUCCCUUACCUCUCCUGACUGAGAUUUUAAAAAAUACCAUGGGAUGUUGACACCAAAGGAAUCUGGUGUUGAAAUUUUAUCACCUGAAUAUUAACUGUUUUUCCAAAGGAGCAUAGAAAUGCCAGGGGAAACAGGUUAUAUCUAAAUAAAAGGAGUUGCUAUUUCCCUUAAAAGUCUAUGGAAAGCUGACAGGGGAAUUCAAGAGCAGGACUGGUCCAGUUUGUUCAGGACUAAUGAGUGCAUUAUUUGUUUGGUUGGAACUCAGAUUUAAAGCAUCAGUUCUGCCAGGUGUGUGUGUGUGUUUGUUUGCUUUCCUGUGUUGUUCCCAAAACAAAAAUAUUGAACUUAAUAGCUGUUUUAUAAACGUGUUGGAGAUUCUGGUAGUUUAAAA